AGAGCUAUCAUGGGCGUGAUGGUGUGACUGUUUGAACUCUGACUUUCCGCCCGGCUGGCGUUUGGGCGGCGCGAGGUGACAUAUAUACACAGCUCAACUAGCGAGCUUUGGUAUCAAUCGUUCGCCUUCUUUGCCGUUCUUAUUCUUCAGCUCUUGUAUAUUUGCCCCAUAUACCCCUUUGUUGUCUUCCCUUGUCUUCACCUUCGCCUUCGCCUUCGCCUUCACCUUCUUGUUCAUAUUUCUUCUUCGGAUCUCUCCCCCUCUCACGCCAUGAGCACCCACACCGACCGCUCCUGCAUCCAUCUCGGGGUUGGUAGCGACGAGGUCCUCGCCGACACGUCUGCCUCUCUCCUCUUCACGCUCGAGGAUAUCAUCGGGCCCUGCGCCUCGCGCGCCCAAGAUCGCACUCAAGAUCGUGACCACGACUCCAUCCGCUCCGCCGUGCUCAAAGCAUUCGCGAUCGCGCAUCUCGGAGACGCGCUCGCAAGGAGUAGGGCUCGAAGCGACCAGGAGACUAGGAGAGUCGAUGAUGGGUGUGGCAAAUGCGACGCGGAGGAACGUAGCGCGAGAAGCGACGGAAGACGAAGUGACAAGGGAAAGACCCCGAUUCGCGUCCGACCGCUGCCGCCGACUCCCUCCGGGUCCUUCACGCUGCCCUCUGGUUCUUUUGCGCCGUCAAUGCAGCAGCGGAUGGAAGAGCCAAGAUCGGCACCUCCCUCGCGCCAGGGCUCGCAGCGCCGCGCACUGCCCCGUCUGCCCAUCGGCCCGCGGCCUGCAUCUUCACCUUCGUCUUCGUCCUAUGCUGCGUCGUCGUCCGCGCCUUCAACGUCCUACGCCCGCAGCGGUCCGCGGCUCGCGGGCGCCGGCAAGGCGGGAUUCUUCUGAGGAGGGGCUGAUGUGUUCGAUGUGUGCCGAUGUGUACGAUGCGGAUGCACUGUGUCAUGUCGCGCGAUUGCCGUCACACAGGUCAAUCGCCCUUGUCGUAUGGUCCUGAUCGUUCCCGUCGUAUGGCACAUCAUGAACUGUGCGUAUGUACCUCGUUCCUUGGAUCUUGCGAGACGUGGUUGGACAACUCCCCCCGUACGGCCAACCUGCGCCGGGGUGCACAGUUCGUAUUUAUCGUGUAUUUAUCACUAUGCGUACAUUUUUGCUAAGGAUGCGCUAUGCAGGGCUGAACGACCGCGGACCAAACUUGAUCGACCCUCCAAACAGGACUGCACGACGUACCAAA